AUGACUAUUACAAUAAUUGUUGCUCUCUGGCGCCAUCGACUUAAUCUUUUUGGAUAUCGAAAACCAGCUGAUGUUCGAAUUAUAGCUGUAGGGCCAAUCAGCUGUUUAACUGAUGAACAGUGUGUAGACAUUUUCUAUCAAAUCAACUGCAAGAAUCAAACUGAUCAUUCUUACUUAUCACUUGCACAGAAAGUGCAUGAAUUAGCAUCAAAUUAUGGCGCCACUACUCGUUAUAUUUGUGUCUUUGAAAGAGAUCUUCAGGAAACCAUUGCAAAAAUAAGGUUCAGUUUGGAUAUAGAAGGCACAGUACCUGAGCAUGUUGAAUUACUUUUGCAUUCAAGAGAUCUUAAAACCAUUGCGAAGCGAAAUGGAUUGAUCACUGCGAGGUCUUGUACGAUUUCUUCACAGUCUAUUGUUGAAAAAUGGAAGGAAAAAUUAAUCUGGCAAAUAGGAACUUUUCCAAUGUUCGUGAAGGCGAUAUUAAAUGAUGAUAAUAGAUGUACACGACUGCAUUAUAUAGCUAACAGUUUCGAGUCACUUCAGGAAUGGGUUAAGGCUCAGUCGAACUGCAUAACGGAACUUCAUAUUGAAGAAUGUCUGCAGAAUGGCAACGAAUUUAUUGCCGUUUGCUCAAAACUCGGUCUUAUUGGCACUAUUGUGACGACAUAUUCUAAAAGGCCAGUUCUUUACAACGUGCACAAACAGAUUCCUUAUGCACUAGAAUAUUUACCUGUUGAUAAAACGCGAGAUCAUUAUCCUGGAAUUGAGUCUUUCGUUUUACAAACCACUAAAUCCGUUUUCAUAAAGUCCUCCUAUUCGCUUUUAUUUAUACGCGGUUUUUAUAAAGGACAUAGCGAUAUAUACUUCAUGGGUGCAUCGUUAGAGCCACCGUCGAAAACUCAUGCAUCACUCAUAUAUUUAGCACGAAAUUCAAGAAGCUGGGAAGUAUUGCUAUUAGAGAAUCUCAACUUUCCACAAAAUCAUAAUGGUGAUAUAUGCUCGAAUGAUUCAUGCACUUAUUAUGCGGUGAUCAAUUUUCCCACUACUGAAGGAGUACUAUUACAUCAAACAAGCAUUCCAAAGCACAAUUCACAACAAAGAGUCAUAUGGAGAGCAUCAGAAGGCGAUGUUAUGUACGAUGCGACACAUAUCGACGAAAAUGUCCUACAAGCAAAUAUACCGAUGGAUCGUUUGUGUUUUAUUGAUAGAUACCAUAUAUGUCCACGUCAUCGCCAAUUAAACCAACGCCCUUAUGGCAGCAAUAGUUUGGUCCGCAGUAGUACAACAACUGAUUGA